AUGCUCCCGAAUCCAAACAUGUAUGCGCAUCACCAGUACCAUCCGGCCCAGCAGGAGCAGUCCUGGAUGCACCAGCAGCCCGGCCACCAGCACCAGGCCCAGCAGGCUGCCGCCGCCGCCGCCGCUCAGCAGCAGCACUACUCGCGCAUGGCCGCCAAUGCCGCUCACAACUCGUCCGUCAACACCGCCAUGGCCGCCGCCGCUGCCGCCGCUCAGGGCGCCGCCCACGUCCAGGACCCGGGUCUCGACAACGUCUCCGAGGACAACCGCCGCACCCUCAACUACAUUGCCGACCUCCUGCGCGAGGACACGCGCGAGGCCGCUCUUCUCGAGCUCAGCAAGAAGCGCGAGCAGGUCCCCGAGCUUGCCCUCAUCCUCUGGCACUCGUUUGGUGUCAUGACCUCGCUCAUGCAGGAAAUCAUCUCCGUCUACAACCUCCUCAACCCCAGCCAGCUCACUGCUGCAGCCUCCAACCGCGUCUGCAAUGCCCUCGCCCUCCUCCAGUGUGUGGCCAGCCACAACGAGACCCGGACGCUCUUUCUCAAUGCCCACAUUCCUCUGUUUCUGUAUCCGUUCCUCAACACGACCUCCAAGUCUCGCCCCUUUGAGUAUCUCCGACUUACGAGCCUUGGUGUUAUUGGCGCCCUGGUCAAGAAUGACUCGACAGAGGUGAUCAACUUUCUCCUCACGACCGAGAUCAUCCCGCUAUGUCUCCGUAUCAUGGAGACUGGCUCUGAACUCAGCAAGACCGUCGCCAUCUUCAUUGUCCAGAAGAUCCUCCUCGACGACAACGGCCUCAACUACAUUUGCGCCACCUAUGAGCGGUUCUAUGCAGUCGGCACCGUCCUUAGCAACAUGGUGGCCCAGCUCGUCGAGCAGCAGACUGCUCGUCUCCUCAAGCAUGUCGUACGCUGCUUCCUGCGACUCAGCGACAAUGCUCGAGCACGUGAGGCUCUGCGUCAGUGCCUCCCUGAGCCUCUCCGCGACGCAACCUUCAGCGCUGUAUUGCGCGAUGAUGCAGCUACAAAGCGCUGUCUUGCCCAGCUGCUCAUCAACCUGUCCGACACAGUCAUUGAGCCUGGGUCGAGCGGUCACCCGGGUCUGUAG